AUGGUUCUGGACAAAGUGCCGUUUGACUUGCUGCACCUGCUGGAGUCCUUAGUGGACAUCUUUGGUGUACUGGGCACCAAAAAGGGUCUUGACCUCUGCCUAGACGUCCAUGACCCCGGGCCCGUCCGGCUCCGUUUCGAAGUCGAAGACACCGGCCGGGGCAUCCCCCCCGAGAAGCGCGACCUCGUCUUCUCCGACUACUGCCAAGCCGACGGCGCAGCCACGACUCAGAGCCACGGGGGCACUGGAUUGGGCCUGGGGAUCGUCCAAAAAGUCGUCCGCAUGAUGGACGGCGAGAUCGCGUUCGUAGAUAAGAACACCCCGGGCUGCCUCAUCUGCUUCGACCUGGUGUUUGCGGCUGAGGAGAGUGCCCGGGACGUCUCCAUCCGGGCAUCCGGCCAGUCCUUCUUCGGCCGCUCCUCUCGUCCCUCGCAUUCGCCCCGGCCGUCAUCGGUCUUCCCGGUGGAAUUCCCCGCCCCGCUAACCGGGGCCACGGUCGUGCUCGCGCACGCGAACUUCAUGGCCCGGUCGAUUGUCGCCGGGACGAUCCGCGAGCUCAACGCGACGGUGGUCGAAGUCCUCAACCUGGAAGAAACUUCGCUGGCGAUCCGGACGCUCGCGAGCCUGGGGCGCCGGCGCUCCAGCUACGCCUCGCCCCGCCAGUCGGACGGUCCAGCCAGUGCUCCGAUCACUCCCAGCGUCCAAACCGCCGACGAGCUGCCGCCGGACGGCCCCGCGGGAUCCGCGCUCCGCGAUGCUGAAGGCCGACCGCUCCGCCUGGCACUCCCGCACCUUCCGGACGCCUUCCGGACGUGUCUGGAUCCGGCCGGCAUCCGGCGGAGCUCGUCCGGCGGCUUGAUCGACCGUGGCGCGGCCGCGGCCGCGUCGCCACUGAGCUGCGCUCUGCUGGACGCGUCGAUACUGCCGGACGCUGCGGACGCACCGCUGGUACUGCAGGAUGCGCUGCAGAAGUUGCGUGCGGACAUUCAAGAGGGCACCGUGACGUCACCCUCUUCUGGGGGACACAGAGUAGCUGUCGUGUGGAUCGUGGGGGCAAGCACCCCGCCGUCGACGCGCGCGGCACUCCAGCGGGCCGGCUUCGUUCACCUGGUGCAAAAGCCGCUCUACCGCUCCAAGGUCGAGCAGCUUUUGCGUUCGCUCACCGAUUCCCCUGAGGUGGAACUGGCCAGUCUUGAAGACCCGACGGACCCUCACGUUACGAUCGAAAUCAUCCCUGCAUCGCCCAUCUUCUCGCGCCAGGCUGAGGCGAAGCAGACUUAUGUGUCAAUGAGUGGAGCGGACAGCCAGCGUUGGGUGCGGUUACGGUUUCUGGUUGUGGAGGACAACCCUGUGUUAAGCCGGCUGACCGUAAGGGCAAUAGAAAAGCUGGGAGCUCAGGUGGCGACAAGCGGAAACGGUCAGGAAGCGCUGGGAAUGCUCCACGUGGCGAGCUCGGGCGGAAAGCCGCCGUUUGAUGUGGUGCUAAUGGACUGUCAGAUGCCAGUGAUGGAUGGAUACACCGCGGCACGGAGGAUCCGAGAGACAGAGUUGGGCGCCGCGAGAAGGAACAGGGUGACCAUCAUAGCACUGACAGCAGACGGGAGCGAGGAUGCAGCGAAGCGUUGCGUCGAAGCGGGCAUGGACGCAGUGAUGACCAAGCCAUUUGGGCAGGCGGCUCUAAUAGAUUUAGUAGAGAGGCUAGUUGAUGAAAAGGCUCGCAGUGUCUAA